UGCCUGUCAUCUUUGUAGCUCGUCCUUGGCUGUGUCUGGUACACUUGAGCUUUACACGUUUAUUUCACGAAUACAGGUAGUGCUAAUAGUCCGACUUGGAAAUGGCAGACAUUAUUCCUUCGCCGGCUGUCACUGGAGAAGAAGAAACAGACCAGAAGACUGGUCUAGACCAGAAUACGUUUUUCAACGAGGGUGUGCAGCAAGCCCCGCCUCCCGUCUCCUCUGGGACUGAGUCAUACCCACCUAAAGCUAAUCAUGUUAUUCAGAGCAUUGGGGAAGAAGAUGGAGUGGAGCCUAAUGCUGCCCUGAAACCUCUUGCUGCUAGUGUAGAUGAAACCGACCAUACCGAUGAUGAUAAAAGCAACUGGAUUGAUGUCCUUGGGAACGGAUUUUUAUUAAAGAAAAUAUUAAAGCCAGGAGAUGGAGUAUCCUCUAGGCCCUCUCCACUAUCUGAAGUAACAAUGAGAGUACUGGGAUCGCUCCCGAAUGGAACUGUAAUAGAUAAACACAACUCUCUACGUUUUAUAGUCAGCGAUGGAGAUGUAGUACAAGCUGUAGAUAUUGUUGCUAGUUUAAUGCAGCGAGGAGAGAUCUGCUGUGUCAAGGCAAAUCCUAAAUAUGCUUACGGAUCACAAGGACGGUCGCCUAAUGUACCUCCGGAGUCUCCAGUGAUGUACGAGCUAGAAUUAUUAGAAGUAUUGCCGCCCCUUGAUCUAGAGUCUAUAUCUGAAUCAAGCCUCAUCCAAUAUUUAAACAAGAAACGUGGGCGUGGCAAUGAUUUAUUUCAGCGUAAAGAGUAUUCACAAGCAGUGGUGUCCUAUGGAAGGGCGGUAAAAACCAUACGUGAUUUCAGACGGCUGAGAAGAGAUGAGUCUUCAGAUGAAAUCAAUGACCUUUGGAUUAGGUGCUUAAACAAUUUAGCAGCUGCUCAAUUGAAAGUAGAGCAGUAUCAUGAAGCUUUGGAUUCAGCUAGAGAGGUCCUAAAAUGUGACCCUGACAACGUGAAAGCGCUAUACAGGUGCGGCAAGGUUCUGCUUCUUAUCGAUGAAAUUGAUGAGUCAGUUCAGUUACUGCAAAGAGCCUGUGAGCUUAGCCCUGAUGAAAAGGCUAUAAGUUCUGAGCUCCAGAAAGCAGUACGGAAGCAAAACCAGAAUAAGAAAUCAGAAAAGGAGCUCUAUCAGAGAAUGAUAAACCCUAAUGUUAAUAAAUCACCAAAAAAAUCACAGCCACAAUCUUCAAAGACAUCGGAUUCUAAUAAUAAUAAUAAUUCAUCUAGUUCAUGGGGAUGGAAGGGGAUUAUCAUAGGAGCAGGAAUAGCUGCUUUAGUCGCCGUAGGAGCUGUUGCAUUAUAUAAUAAAUACAGAAAAUAACCAAUUUAAAUAUUAGCGUUAUUAUUAUUAUUAUUGUUAUUAUUAUUAUUAAUCUUACUGACAAUUACUUUCACACAAUUACAAUGUAUUGUUGGCAUCUUUAUUUCGACAGAAUUUAUUGUUAUUAUUAUUAUUAUUAUUAUUAUUAUUACAUGUAUGUGUUGCUUGUUAAAACUUCAAACUUGAAACCUAAA